UGAUCCAUUCCCCCAUCGAUAAACGACGAUGACAGCCCCCACGUGACCGCUUAUCGGACCGGUUGCCGCGCCGACUAUCGGGAUGUUGACGAUCAAUUCUACAGCGACAUUCAGGCACGCUCAGCUCUCGCAUGACGCUUCUCGGACACUUUUCUCCUCUGACAUUCCAUUGUUCCAUGGUUCCGUCCUUUGUUCCUACAUGCCAUCCCCAUACUUCAAUUCCUACCCCAACAUUCUUUUCCCUUAAGGUUAUUGCGCCUACUAUCACUCGUCUCCCCGCUUUCUCGCGUGGGUGGAUGCGUCAGUAAUUAUUAAGUCGAAGAUUCUUCCUUCGCGACAAUGGGGGAGUCGUCGCCUCCAUUCCUUUACGGCACCCCUUCAGCUUAUAGUUUCCGUGGACCGAAUGACCGUCCUUUCAACCCAAAGGCUGUGACACAGGCGAGCUGGACUCGUCCACCGUCAAAGCCCAAGCCAAAAGGACCGCUGGUUAACUUUAACAGGCACCCGGACUCCUACUGCAACAUCCCAGAUGGCAAGUCCAAGUGGACUCCAAUGAGCCCUAAGACCAAGAAUAGGGUGAUCUACGGGCGAAAGGCACAGCUCGGUUUGCGCACUGUACAGCUGAUCGGAGCCCUUGGAUCGUUGUUCUGCGCUAUUGUUAUCAAGAAUGCUGCAGCAACUGUAAUAUGGAUUGUACGGGUCGGACCAUCUGUAGCAAUUUUGCACACUCUUUAUGGUAUCUAUCAUGUCUUUCGCCCUAUCACAAGACCUCCAGGCUCCCAAGCCAGCUACAUGUUAUUUUCCGGAACCUUCGACUUUGGCUUGAUCCCUUUCUACAUAUUCGCGGCAUACUUGGGCUUCAACCAAUACACUGACAAUUCAUACCAUUGGAGUACUUUGCUCAGUUCGGACUUGGAGAUCACGACAAAAAUCGCCCAAGCCACGUUUCUGUUGAGUGUAAUUAAUGGGGGACUGCAUGCGAUUUCUCUGGGAAUUUCAAUUUUCCUAGGUAUCAUAUUCCGCAAAAUCAGCCGUCUCCCUCCGGAUCUAAACCCAUUGGAGGACAAUUUGACAGCCCGUCCCCACAAGCGAAACAAGUCUGAGAUCACCAAGAAGCAUGCUAGUAGCUCCACUUUGGACUCCACCAUGUCGGGGGAGACUCUUGUUGGUGCUCCUCGCACUAUAUCUUUUUUUCAUACUCGCGCUAAAGCAUCGGAGGGUGGUUCGAGUAAUUUCUCCUCAGACACGAGGGAGAACAGAUUAUCUCAAAUGACCAUGGCUUAUGACCAUACGCCACACGACGAACAUCCUAUGCCGCAGAUGCCUUUCGCUCAGCAGGCAGACACUGCAGAGCACAUGAUGUAUCAGCUCCCUGACCAAGACGAAGAUGUUUUCGCGAGGCCGACAACCAGAAUUUCAUACAACACGCCAGUACGAGAACCGUCUCCAGAUGUACCAAGUCGAUCUCAGUGUGUGAGCCCAGCUUCAGAAAACUGGAUUGCGUACCCAUCACGGUCUGCUUCCCCCGUGGAAGGACAGAAUGAAAACCUGUUGCAUCGCGAGCCUUCUUCCGCGUACAGUAGAACUACCGACACUCCAGCCUCCACGAACAAUGGGCCUCUGGAUUGGUUUAACAGUCAGCGCAUUGGAUGGGAACUCGAAGAGACCAUCCGGGAGGAUGUACGUGGUGAAUAUGAAUCUAUUCCGAUCCAGGAAUAUUAUGGACACGAUGAUGAAAACCAUUAUCAUCCUCAACAAAACGGGCUUUACGACAAUGCUGAACAGGAUAUUGGGGAUCAUCGCAUUCAUAUUUUCCAGGACCAGGAAGAGCGUAGAGAAUCUUCCGAUUCGCUUCGCGUCAAUCCGUUGGCACUAAACCCACCCACUCCCCAGCCUCCUUUCGAUGAAACACCUGCAGAUACAACCCACAGUGGCCGUAUGGCACUUGUGGACAUUCCUAAUCUCUCCCCUAACCCACCAGCCGCAGCACCUCCCGUUGUGAGCCCGGAAAAGAAUGGUCGAUUCUAUGGCGAACUUGAAAGCACGACUGGACUUAGUAUCCCUCGAAAUGUCAGCAAUCGCGAUGAGGGUACGCAUGGCUUAGGAAGGAAGAAGAGCAAACUUAUGAAACGCAGAAGCCAGAAGAUGGACACCUACGGCGCUCUAAAGCAGAAUGACGACGCGAUUACUGAUAAUGAAGACGGGCUUACGGUCCCCACUAAGAGUCGUAUGACAGCCGACGGCGACCGUAAGGGUCGUGUCGUCAGCAACUCUGGGGCUGAUGUCAGCCGUAACAUGGGCAGUGGAUCGUCCCUGUCAUACGGAAACUACAUCGCGGGGCUUGGAGUCGGAAGAAGACGAGAUGUCAGUGGGAAGAUUGCAGAGGAAGGUCGAGGUGGCAUGACCAAGCCCGCAGGCGAGAAACCAGCCACCCGAGCUGCUGGAUGGGCUCGCUUUGCUGGCCUGUAGGGUUUUAAUCUCCUGGCGUUUCUGAAGCAAGAAAGAGCUCUUGUUCAGUCUUGAGCUACAUUGCAAUUUGGUAAUCUGUUUGGUCAUGAUGGAAUUUCUUUUACGAUGUUUGAUGGAUGUUUAUGGUAUGAUACUCCCUUGAUUCAUGUAUGUAGUAACGUAAAUCUCGCACGAAUUCAGAAGAACAUUGAACAAUUAUGCAGUGGCCAUUGAUAUGACCCCAUCAUAG